AUUGCCCACCCAAUGGUUCGUGUGAUUUGCGGGUUGCGGCCGACGCUUGUAGCAAGGGAAACCCGAUUUUGUCCACACCGUCGUCCAAAACCUCUGAAUAGUGAAUCCGCCGGUGCUCCGGAAGCCGCGGGAAGCGCCGCGCACGAUGCUCCGCCGCGUGGCCCUCCGCCGCGCCCUCCUCUCCUCCGCCUCCACACGCCACGGCGGGGCACAAAUCCCGAACCCCAGCCACUCGCCUCCCCAGGCCCUCCUUCUUCAAUGGCGCCGUCACGCCUCCGUUGCCUCCUCCUCGGCCCCGCCGCAACCGCCGCCGCCGCCUCCUCCAUCUCCGCCUCGUGGUCCGUCGCGGCCGGGCGGAGGCGGUCCCAGCGUCUCGUCGCUGAACCCCGCCGAGGUCGCCAAGUUCGCCGCCAUCGCGGAGACCUGGUGGGAUUCAAACGGCCCAUUCAAACCUUUGCAUUUGAUGAAUCCAACCCGACUGUCUUUUAUCCGCUCCACACUUUGUAGGCAUUUCAGGAGGGAUUCAUAUUCAUCUAAGCCACUCGAAGGUCUCAAAGUUAUUGAUGUUGGAUGUGGAGGUGGCAUUCUGUCAGAGCCUCUUGCUCGGAUGGGAGCUACAGUUACUGCUAUUGAUGCUGUUGACAAGAAUAUAAAGAUCGCAAGUAUCCACGCGGCAUCUGAUCCGACAACUGGUUCCAUUGAGUAUUGCUGCACAACAGCUGAGGAACUGGUAAAAGAGAAAAGGCUGUUUGAUGCUGUAAUUUCUCUUGAGGUGAUUGAGCAUGUUGCUAAUCCUUUAGAGUUCUGCGAGUCUCUCUCGGCUUUGACAGUUCCUAAUGGUGCCACUGUGGUUUCCACAAUCAACCGGUCAAUGAGAGCAUAUGCCACUGCAAUAGUUGCUGCUGAGUAUAUCCUCAGAUGGCUUCCUAAAGGCACACAUGAGUGGUCCAAACUGGUGACCCCUAAGGAGCUUGCCCUAAUGCUGCAAAAGGCUUCUGUUUCUGUCGAAGAGAUGGCAGGAUUUGUUUAUAAUCCAUUGACUGGAGAGUGGUCCCUGUCAGAUGAUAUCAGUGUGAACUAUAUUGCUUUUGGCGUCAAGAAAAGCGAAACACCGUUAACAGAUGGCACCGAAGCAAGGUUAUCAUAGUUGGACAGAAACUAAUUGACCUUGAGCUAUCGUGCAUUUUUUUUUGAAGACAACCAAGUCACUUGAAUAGUACUACUGCUGUGUAUGCAACCAAAUAGCAGAAGAGAAUUUUCCCUGUUGUUUUUCGUUUUUGCCUCGGGGGGUGUGGAGAGGAAGCCCCAUUUGCGAAGUUGAGGAAAGACAAGUCGCUAACAUGUAGAUCUAGCUCUGUUCAGUUUGAUUGAUUGUAAUACGAGCAUGUUUCAGACAGUUUUCUCAAUUCAGACAGUUUUCUCA